CCGCAAUUUAGAAAACGAACAUGCAUCAUAUACUUUUCAGUGUGGUACUUGUUUCAGUCGCCCUGGCGCAAGAUUUGAUCGUCGAUCUUCCAGAUGGAACAAUUCGAGGAUCCGAGAUCACUUUCCAGGAGAAGAGUUAUUACGCUUAUAGAGGAAUUCCUUUUGCAGCUCCACCUAUCGGAAAACUACGGUUUCAGGGUCCGGUACCUCCUAAACCGUGGGAUGGCAUUUUGGAGGCCAACGAAACACAAAGUUGUUGUAUAUCUAUGUCGCCAGAUGACCAGAUGAGUGAAGACUGUUUGUAUCUGAAUGUAUACACCCCUGCAAGAAAGAUCACCGAGAAAUUGCCCGUAUUGUUCUGGAUAUACGGAGGUGGUUUCACCAUUGGAUGCACAUCCGACGUUACAACUGGACCUUUUUAUCUCCUAGACGAGGACGUGAUAAUCGUCUAUGCCAACUAUAGGCUGGGAUUGUACGGGUUCCUAUCCACCGAAGAUGAUGUAGUUUUGGGCAAUGCAGGAUUGAAGGACCAGUUGCUUGCGAUGAAGUGGACUAAGAACAAUAUCGCUCUUUUUGGUGGAGAUCCGGAAAAAAUAACCAUAUUUGGCGAAAGUGCAGGCGGUAUUUCAGUGGGAGCGCAUGUUGUCAACACCAAGUCUGCAGGGCUGUACAGAGCUGCAAUUUGCGAGAGCGGCUGUUCGCUGACUUAUAUUCAAGAAGUUUCAACUCAGACUAACGCCCGGCAAGCCGCUUACGACUACGCGAAAUACGUAGAUCCAACGAUUUCCGAAGAAAACACGACCACGGAAAUUCGAGAUUUCUUACAAAGCCUGCCGGCCAACGUGUUGACUCCUGCCUACAGCGCAAACAGUCGCACGGGAAUAUCCAUUGAAGUUGAACACGAAGAUGCUUACGUCACAGACCUGAGUUUUCCCCUGCUCGAGUCUGGAAACUUCAAUCAAGUUCCCGUAAUAGUUGGGACCACAUCUGCGGAAACAGUACCUCUAUUUGCUGUUCUUGGCGGUGCGUUGGCAGCCAAGGCAAUAGGAGCAAGUUUUGAUUCGGACUUGGCCUCCUUGGUGCCGACUGGUUUGGUACUUCUGCCAGGUACCAACGCGACGGAAGUUGGGUCGAUAAUCAGGGAAGCAUACGUUAGUCCAAAUAAGACAUUCGUUGAUCGUUUGGAUGCCGUUGUAGAAAUAACCAGUGACCAGCUGUUCCUAAGAUCAACAUUGAAACAGGCCGAGAUUCAGUCAAAUUUCACUCCCGUAUACCUUUAUCAAUUUUCCUUCGCUGGUUCCUUAAACUUUUAUCCGAGCAUCCAAGGUGCUGGAAGAGCGGGUCACGUGGAUGAAACCCUAUACCUGUUCAGCUCUACUCCGUUGCUCGCGGACCGUGACGUCUUGGUCAGCAAGCAAAUUGUUAGGCUCUGGGCUAAUUUUGCAAAAACUUUGAAUCCUACACCUGAUCCGGCGGAUCCACUAUUCAACCUCACGUGGCCACAAGUUUCGCCGAACAAUAUUCAGUAUCUAGAUUUCGAUGAUGAGAUCUCGGUGAAACCAAACAGAAAAGAAAAGCAAAUGGCCAUGUGGAAUGACGUUUUCUAUACGUACGGCCAGCAACCUUUUAAUGGAUUUUAAAAUAGUUUUGAUAUUAAAUACUGAAUUUUUGUUAGUUUCUUCAUCUAUUAUCGCGAAUUGUAAUAUCGAAAUAUUUUGUGUGAAAUAAACGAUCGCCAAACAAAACAGUAUAAUCGCUUAAUAUUCGCAACUUCAUAACGUACCAUUGGAUGCGUUCUAUGAGGGUUUAUUAUUGUAAUUGAUGUAAUAAAAUCCUAACGAAUUAUAAUUAACUACGCCAUAUAAGGGCCAGGGACUCGCACCAGGGCUCUUAAAGCUGGCUGUCAGAGCUGUCAAUGUCCACAUAGUGUGUGAAAGUAAUAUAUCUCAUUUAUUAUUUG